AUGAGCACUUUAGUUAGAAAAGAAGCACCAAAUUUUACUGCUGAAGCAGUUAUGGCAGACGGAUCCUUCAAGAAAAUCUCUUUGAGUGAUUACAGAGGAAAAUACGUAGUUUUGUUCUUCUACCCAUUGAACUUUACCUUUGUAUGCCCGUCAGAAAUCUUAGCAUUCAAUAAGGCACAAAAGGAUUUUGAGAAGUUGGGAGUACAGCUCCUCGCUGUCUCAGUUGAUUCUCAAUACUCACAUGCUGCUUGGAGACGUACCCCUCUUGAACAGGGUGGAAUUGGACCAGUUAGCUUCCCACUUGUUUCUGACUCGUCUCAUGCUAUUAGCAGAAGUUAUGGUGUACUUCUCGAGGAUGGAAUUGCUCUCAGAGGUUUAUUCAUUAUUGACAAGGAAGGUAUUGUUCGUUCCGAAGUAAUCCAUGACUUACCAUUAGGAAGAUCAGUAGAGGAGACUUUACGUGUUAUCGACGCAAUUCAAUUUACUGAAGCACAUGGUGAGGUUUGCCCAGCAAACUGGAAGAAGGGCCAGAAAGGCAUGUCGGCUACUCAUGAAGGUGUAUCCAGUUAUCUUAAGAACUCAUUCUAA